AUGCAAGAAAAUAAUGAAUAAGCGUUAGAUGAUCUGAGUAAAGAAUUAUUGGUUUCUUAAUUGAAAGAUAAAGUAUAUAAUACAAAAUAAAUCAUAAGAUAAAGGAAAAUAAAACAAUUACUAAAAAAUUAGAUAAAUUAUCCGAGAAAUAUGUUUCGACAUACAAAGAGUAUAAACUAAUAGCAAAAGAUAGAGAAACUUUGUAUUAAACUAUUUCAUUAGUUUUAAAUGAUGAAAUCAAUAAAUUUGAACAAAAACCUUUGGGUUAUAUAUAUUCAUAAAAAUAGGUUAAUUUGAUCAAAAUUAAAUUCUUGAUUUAUUCAAACAAAAAGAUGAAGAAAAAUCGAAGGCUUUAACAAAUUUAAUUAAGGAGACAAAUAAUGAAAAGUUUUAAUUAGAGGAAAAAUAUCGUUAAAUGAUUGAGAAAUAAAGUUAAAAUACUGAUCAAAAGACUUAAUAAAUAAUUAAACAAUUAAAAUAAUAAAUAAAUGAUCUGGAUAUUAAUAAUACAAGAUUGGCAAAAGAGAUAAUAGAACUAAAUGACAUUAUACAGAUUAAAAAUUAACAAUUACAAACACUUAAUUAAUUAGAAGAAGAGAAUGCAAAUUUAAAAACAUAACUAAUGGUUUAAGAACUUUAAUUAUAAUAACCAGAUCGAAUGAAUAAAAUAAAUUCUUCAGAUCUCAUGAAUGAAUAACUAAAGUAUAAAUAAUAGAUUGACAGACUAUUAGAAUAGAUUCAAAAGCAAAAUAUAAAAAUUUAAGAAUUAGAAUAAGAACUAGAAUCUAAAAAAUAAAUAGACAUAAAUUAGGUAUAAAAGAAAAAUGAAGAAACUCCUACUCCUGAUUAUGAUGAAAUAAACCCAUUUGAGCAAGAGUCCACAUUAAAAUAACAAGAAAUCACUCCAAAUAAAUAGAUAUCAAAUAAAUAAAUUUAAACAGAUCAAAUAUUAUAGAAUAAAGAAGAAAUAGAUAAUAAAAACCCAAAUUUUGAGUAUUUAAAGAAUGUAGUUUACAAAUACUUUUUGUAUUAAGAAACUAGAAAUUAUAAAGAAGCAUCUAUAUUAAUGAAUGCUAUUAUGACAAUUUUGAAAAUGUCUAAUGAAGAAAAGAGAAGAAUUGAUUAAGCUAGAGAGAGAGGAUUUAUAAAGAAUGCAAAAAAUCUAAUAAGUGAUAGUUUUGCCUGUCUUAAGUAACCACAAUUAAAUGAUAUGAAUUUGGAUAGACCAAUUAGUAGAGUUGAGUAAAUGAAUAAACAUAUGAUGAAUUGA